UCGACCACGUUCGACAUCCUUUUCUUGUGAUUCAGAUUCGCCUCUUGCCCGCCUCCCUCACUCCAACAUUUGUUCCGGUCAAAUUCAUACACACAUAUACCCUCUUGUCUCCCUCCCUCCCCUCCAGUUCUCGUCACACUCACCUCACGCACACACCACACAUCGAUUAAUUGGAAAUACAAUUCCUGUCUGCGCCUGGUGCCACCCCCGCCUUCCUCCUCCCACCAACAAUUACUUCUCCCAUUCUCUUCCACUCCCCUCCAUCCUCUUAGACCAAGUCCAAUAACACCCCCAGACCACUUAGAUCAUGGCGGUUCGAGCACAGUUUGAAAACUCCAACGAAGUUGGUGUCUUUGCAAAUCUCACCAAUAGCUAUUGCCUCGUCGCCAUCGGCGCAUCCGAAAACUUCUACUCCAUCUUUGAAUCUGAACUCGCAGAUCUCAUCCCCAUUGCACAUUGCACCAUCGCUGGCACCAGAAUCGUUGGCCGGUUGACCUCCGGCAACAAAAAUGGUCUCCUUGUCCCCACCUCCACCACCGAUCAAGAACUCCAGCACUUGCGCAACACCUUACCGGACACAGUAAAGAUUCAAAGAAUUGAAGAACGUCUCUCCGCCCUGGGGAAUGUGAUAGCCGCAAACGAUCAUGUCGCCCUGGUCCAUCCAGAUAUCGAGCGAGAGACGGAAGAAAUCGUGGCAGAUGCCCUCGGGGUAGAGGUUUUUCGACAGACCAUCGCAGGCAAUGUCCUCACCGGCUCAUACAUGUCUCUUUCCAAUCAAGGUGGCAUUGUUCAUCCCAAAACUAGUAUUCAGGACCAGGACGAACUCAGCUCCUUAUUACAGGUUCCCCUUGUUGCUGGCAGCGUUAAUCGAGGUAGUCCCGUGGUCGGAGCUGGCAUGGUCGUAAAUGACUGGCUGGCUGUCACGGGUAUGGACACCACAGCGACCGAAUUGAGCGUCAUUGAGAGUGUCUUCAGACUUGGAGAAGGAGGCCCAGCCGGUCUCGACGCAAGAAUGAACGCCAACAAGGACAGUAUUGUUGAAAGUUUCUAUUAGUCGGCUACUUGACCAUCCUUUUACGACCAGACCACCAUCUCAACCUUGCGCCCAUUACCUCUUGCUCCGUUUUUCGGGCAUACGGAUGGCUAUGCUCUAACUCCAUGUCAAAUAUGACCUACUUGCCACCUCCCGGCGUUUGGAGAUGGUGGAGUCACGACUUAUAAACCGUCUUUCCGCUCUCGGCAACACGAUGCCCAUUCAUCUUCAACAACGAUGCGAACGCGCUCUCCAUGAGAUGCCCAUGUGAGCGCUACCAAGCACGAAGCAAAAACAUCGCUGGCCUUGGGCAGUCUCAGAUACCUGCAUUCGACAAUGUGCAUGUAUCAAAUCGACGAAUGACUUUGAUUUUCAAGGUCACUCAUUGGGAAAAGUCCUUUGUCUGACGUCUACAAUACCUGUAUUGGGAGGGGCCAAUGGAUGAAUGAGGAAAUGCAGCAAUGCUGGCUAGGAAGCCUAUUUAUUUCAAGGGCAUGUCACGAUUAGGGAGAGAGAGAGAGAGGACUGCAAAGCUGGAACAGGUCGGUGGGUCAUCGGUUGAUACAUGGGCGUUACCUGAACGGCCAAUUCAUCAUGACUCACCAGACGUGACAUAUUCUUCCUUCAGGGAUUAAUCGUUCGAGCUUGUUCCCGCAGAACGGAUCGAGGGCCACAUUCCAAUUGUGAUGUAAUCUCAAUCAAACCGUUUGGUGCCAGCAGAUGGUUUAGAUCGGCUGUCAUGCUCCCCAACAAGUCCCCUGAUGUUCCACCACCUGAUGUCGUGCCCAGGAAACCCAUAGUUAUGAGCUCUUGAGAACCUACCUACUUGAAAAAAUGACACGACACUCCAGUAACCAUGCUAGAUUAAAUGAGUACCUCAACGCGAGCUUGGAGCUCUUGUCGAUAUUCCAAGUUUCCGCCUUAAACAUACAUACAAUGUGCUAGCAGAGCUUGCAACG